CACCCGAAGCGCUCUCCUUGCUGAGCUGGUGUUGCCUGGCGUCCGUCGCCGCUGUUCGUCCUCCUCUCCGCUCCGGAGUUGGUGGUUCGGUAACACCAUGGCGGUAAGGAUGAUGGGGUGAUUCGGGGGGAGAGCGAGGACCGAAAUCCAGGGAAGCUUGUCAAAAGGAAUGCCAGUGAAGGAAAUUGACUGAGUCGCAAAAGGAGACCGGGACCUACCAAAGCAUGGGACGGGGGUGAUGGAAUGUACCAAGCCCAAAGGGAAGGUGGGCACGAAGGGGAAGAAGCAAAUAUUUGAAGAAAAUAAGGAAACCCUGAGAUUCUACUUUCGGAUCAUCCUGGGUGCCACUGCAAUUUACAGCAUCGUGACCCUUGGGAUCUUCUACUCUUCAGCAUCUUUCUGGGCCUGGACGGCCCUAGUGUUCAGCUUGGUUGUGUAUGGGGCCAGCUACCGCUCCAUGAGCUCCAUGGCCAAGGCAGCCUUCUCGGAGGAUGGGGCUCUGGCGGACAGCGGCAUCGACCUCAACAUGGAGCAGGGAAUGGCAGAGCACCUGAAGGACGUGAUCCUGUUGACAGCCAUUGUCCAAGUGCUCAGCUGUUUCUCCCUCUAUGUGUGGUACUUCUGGCUCUUGGCGCCAGGCCGGGCACUCUACCUCCUGUGGGUGAACAUCCUGAGCCCCUGGCUCACAGCUGAGUCAGCCAACUCCAUCAUUGAGCCCAAUGAGAAGCGCCAACGACGGCAGGAACGCCGACAGAUGAAGCGGUUGUAGCCAGGAUGGUAUUGGAAGGCAGGCUGCAGCUACAAAAUUGAGCAGAACUGAGCGAGGCUCUCCCAGUCAGGGCAGACCCUGUCUGUCCAGUGCCUGGGUCCUGCCCCCUGACUGCCCCCCAGAGACUGGAAGCCAUGGGACCUGGACGUCUAGACGAACUGGGUCAGGGUGGGCAGGGGGAAGGGGCCAGCUUGUUAUAAUAAAGAGCCAAAGCUGGGAA